ACGCGACGGGAUCGCGCAGGCCCUUCAUCCUACCGCAUCGCCACAUCGGCAGGCCACGGAAGGGGGGAGGAGACCAUUUGAAUUUCGAACGCCGCCGGCCACUCCGCUCCCCAUCAUUCCCCACGACCCCUCCCAUCCUCCGCCUGCCCCUCCUCCACUCCGGUCUCCACCGUCCGCCGGCAGAGAUGAAGAAGGCGUCCGCGGCCUCGCGCUACGCGGCCUACGACUCCCCGUCCCCGUCCCCGUCCCCGCGCCGCGCGGCGCCCUCAGCCCCCGCCGCGGCCGCGACCCCGGGAGGAGCGCACGGCAGCAGCAGCAGCCGCAGCCGCGCGCUGGUGGUGGCUGGGAGAUCCGGCCGCGACCUGCUGGGCGGCAGGCCGCAGCCCCAGCACCAGGGCAACCUGGGCUCCGUGCUCCGGCGGCUCAUCUCCAUGGACAAGAAGCCGCCUUCCGCCAAGGGCCACCUCCCGGUGCCUCCUGCCGCCGCCGCCGCAGCGGCGGCGAAGAACAACGGCGGCGGGAAGCUGCCGGGGCUGUCGCGGAAGCUAUUCCAGAAGGGGCCGUCCGCCGACGCGGCAGCGGCCAAUAAGACGAAGGCCCUGACGGACGUCAAGAACGGCGGCAACAACGCCAACACGCGGACGCUCGCCAUGGUGCUGCGCAGCGAGCGGGAGCUCCUGGCGCAGAGCAAGGCGCAGGAGGACGAGAUCGCCGCGCUCCGCCUGCAGCUCGAGAACAAGGACCGGGAGGUGGAGCGGCUCAAGGACCUGUGCCUGCGCCAGCGGGAGGAGAUCAGGACGCUCAAGGACGCCGUCCUGUUCCCGGACGCAGAGCGGGAGCCGGAGCCGGACCGCCGCCUCCGGGAUGAGAUCUCCACGCUCACCGGUCAGAUCCAGUGCCUUGCGCAGGAGCUCGCCCAGGUUAAGGCCGAGAAGCACUCGGCAAGGUCCUGCUUUGAAGAUGAUGGAUACUGCUCUUCCCCUAGGACGCCGGGGUUUAACGAGGAGACCGCUUUCUCUCUGGAGUGCAGCAUUGGGGAAGCUGAGACACCAAACUAUGGUAGCCCAGAUGAAAUGUUCAGCAAAGAUCUUAACCCUUGCCUGACCCCCUGCAUUGCCAAGAGCAAAUCCGAUGUAUCUGCACAAAUCCAGUCUUCUUCCCAUUCCACAAAGGAGUGCCAGGAAUCCAGUGGUUCUCUUCGCAGCAGCAGCAAGGCAAAAACAGACCGCUCUUACAAUUCUUUUGGAAGGCCAAUGUCGAAGAGCUCUGAUCAUCACAAGCCUACCUCAGGCACCAGCAACAAACGACGAGUAUACAAAUCCGAUCAAGACAAGAUCUAUCAGAACCUGUUUUGAGUUCAUCAUCAUCAUGAACGUGCCACUGAAGGCAGCCUCUGCUAUGUGAAUUAUUUAUAAGUAUGUGGGACUUGUAUGGUCCGUCGAUACUGGUUUCAAACUGCAAAAUAACAGUGUUCAUGAUCUUUAGCAGUGAAUGCAAUCUUGGUUUUUGCUUUGUUGAGUUA